UGAAGAAAUAAAAAAAAUAGUAGGGCAGGGCAGAGGCAGGCUUGUAGGCUGGUAUUCGAGGAGUGAGUGAGUGAAUGUGAUGUGAGGCUGGUGAGUGGUGUGGCCUCUGGAGAGAUUCAACAUGAAUGACGAUCUGGACCCCCAAAGCGACCACAGCUCCGACUACUUGUCUCACUUUCAGCCCCAAACCCAAGCCCAAGCCCAGCCCCGCCGUCCCAGGGGGUUCGCAGCCACUGCGGCUGCGGCUGCUGCUGCAACCAAUUCAGCAGGCGCCGUUCCUUCCACUGCUGCUGCCGCUGCUAGUUCAGGGCCUGCCAAGGGUAAGAGAGAAAGGGAGAAAGAAAAGGAGAGGACGAAGCUGCGGGAGCGGCACCGGCGAGCCAUCACCAGCCGUAUGCUGGCUGGGCUUCGUCAGUACGGAAAUUUUCCUCUCCCAGCGCGUGCCGACAUGAACGACGUCCUUGCUGCUCUUGCAAGGGAAGCUGGUUGGGUGGUGGAGACGGAUGGCACCACUUACAGACACUCUCCUCCUCCAUCUCAAUUGCAGUUAGCGUAUCCUAUGAGGUCAGUUGACAGCCCUCUUUCGACCACUUCUUUAAAAAAUUCUUCUGUGAAAGGAACAUUAGAUUCUCAACCACCUUCGGCUCUUAGAAUUGAUGAGAGCUUGUCUCCAACAUCUCUUGAUUCUGUUGUAAUAGCAGAGAAGGAGACCAAGAAUGAGAAAUACUCUAGUACCAGCCCAAUAAAUUCAGCUGAAUGCUUAGAGGCUGAUCAGCUUAUACAAGAUUUUCGCUCUACAAAUAAUGGGAACGAUUUUACAGGCACGCCAUAUGUUCCUGUAUAUGUCAUACUUGCUACUAGCACCGUCAACCAAUUUUGUCAGCUGGUUGAUCCUGAAGGUGUUAGACAAGAGUUAAGCCAUUUGCAGUCUCUGAAUGUUGACGGGGUUGUAGUUGAAUGCUGGUGGGGUAUUAUUGAAGGCUGGAGCCCACAAAAAUACAUUUGGUCUGGUUAUCGAGAUCUUUUCAACAUAAUUCGAGAGUUUAAACUAAAGUUGCAGGUUGUAAUGGCAUUCCAUGAGUAUGGAGGAAGUGAAUCUGGUGACACAAUGAUCACUCUUCCUCGGUGGGUUCUGGAGAUUGGAAAGGAAAAUCAAGACAUAUUCUUCACUGAUCGUGAAGGGAGGAGGAAUACUGAGUGUUUAUCAUGGGGGAUUGACAAAGAACGGGUUUUGCAUGGAAGAACUGGUAUUGAGGUUUAUUUUGAUCUAAUGAGAAGCUUUCGAACUGAGUUUGAUGACUUGUUUUCUGAGGGCAUCAUUUGUGCUUUAGAAAUUGGACUUGGGGCAUCUGGGGAGCUUAAGUAUCCAUCUUUUCCAGAGAGAAUGGGAUGGAGAUAUCCCGGUGUCGGUGAGUUCCAGUGUUAUGAUAAAUACCUACUACAAAGUCUGCGGAAAGCAGCUAAAUUGCGAGGACAUUCAUUAUGGGCUAGGGGACCUGAUAAUGCUGGUCAUUAUAAUUCUAGGCCACAUGAAACUGGCUUCUUUUGUGAAAGAGGUGACUACGAUAGCUAUUAUGGGCGCUUUUUCCUCCAUUGGUAUGGCCAAAUGUUAAUAGACCACGUAGACAAUGUUUUGUCUCUUGCCAGCCUUGCAUUUGAGGAAACAAACAUCAUUGUUAAGGUUCCUGCAGUUUAUUGGUGGUACAGAACACCUAGUCAUGCAGCGGAGCUAACUUCGGGAUACUAUAACCCUACAAACCAGGAUGGAUACUCUCCAGUUUUUGAGGUUCUGAAGAAAUAUUCAGUGACAGUGAAGUUCGUUUGCUCCGGUUUGCAUAUGUCUAGCCAAGAUAUUGAUGAAGCCUUCGCUGAUCCAGAAGGUCUGUGCUGGCAGGUUUUUAAUUCUGCUUGGGAUCGAGGAUUGGCUAUAGCUGGAGAAAAUACAGAGACUUGUCACAGAGAAGGGCACAUGAAAUUAGUUGAGAUGGCAAAACCAAGAAAUGAUCCUGAUCGUCGCCAAUUCUCGUUCUUUGUAUAUCGGCAGCCUUCUCUAGUUCAAGGAACAAUGUGCUUUUCGGAGUUGGAUGACUUAAUCAAGUCCAUGCAUGGUAAUGCCUCUUUAGUUUCUUAUUAUACAAACAAUACAUUAUAUAGUUUUUCAUAUGCAGGUUUGACUGGUUAUACCGUUAUAGCUAUAAAUAUAUUGGCACAAAUACAAUACAACAUUGACAUGCUCACAUUGGUUUAUUUGAUAUGUGAGUGGAUGGUUUUUAGUCCCCAUUAAUAAAAGUGGUUAAAGAUGAUAAGAGAAGAGGUGCAAAUUUCUGGAUCUUCAUUACCCAGAUGAACAUGAAUGACAAAAAGAAUGUGUAGAGUAAACAUGCUAACUAUUGUUGCUGUUAACUCUUGUUUCAUGUAUUCCGCCAACAAGAAUUUUGUAUCUUGAAGCUUCAAUGACACAAGUACUAGGGGCAAUGUUUGAAAUAAUAAUUUCUGAUGCUCAUUUCAAACUUUUGCAGGUGAAAUAGUUGGUGAUCUAGUUUCAUAAUAUUGGAAAUUUUGUAUUUAUGAGAGGACACAUUUAUCACUGGUAACUGCAGAUUUUGCGGCCCAUCGCCUUCAAUGGAGUCACAUGAAGACAUUUGAGUUUUGCCUGCAAAGGAGGGUUCAUGAAUAUAGUUUCCCUAUCAUUAUGGUCAAAGCUACUUUAAUCUUUGUAUGUCAUAAACCAUCUCUCCUUUGGAAUGCGAGGAGUUGGUAAGUUUAUGACGAAAGUUUCUGUGGUCUAAUUUAUAUAGAAGGUAUAGAUACCAUGAGAACUUUCAUUAUAUCUGUAUAGAUCAUGAAAAACGUUUUCUUGUGGAAAAAUUCCAAAUAUGAAGUAAAAAUAGUGUUAUUUAGUAA